CCCCCGCCGCGGAGUCCGGCCCGGGUUCCGCGCCGCUGGGGUUGCGCAGGCGGGGUCGGGGGUUGCGGGGCCGCCGCUGCCCGUCCGCCUUGAGUCCGCGUCCCGGGCCCGGGCGGCCGGCGAGCAUGGAGGAGAAGUACCUGCCCGAGCUGAUGGCGGAGAAGGACUCCCUGGACCCCUCCUUCACGCACGCCCUGCGGCUGGUGAACCAAGAAAUAGAGAAGUUUCAAAAAGGAGAAAGCAAGGAUGAAGAAAAGUACAUUGAUGUGGUGAUUAAUAAGAACAUGAAGCUGGGACAGAAAGUGUUAAUUCCUGUAAAACAGUUCCCGAAGUUCAACUUUGUGGGAAAACUUUUGGGGCCACGUGGCAAUUCUCUGAAGCGUUUACAAGAAGAAACUUUGACAAAAAUGUCCAUCCUUGGAAAAGGCUCCAUGAGAGACAAGGCAAAGGAGGAAGAGCUGAGGAAAAGUGGAGAAGCGAAGUACUUCCACCUCAACGACGACCUCCACGUGCUCAUUGAGGUGUUCGCGCCCCCGGCCGAGGCCUACGCCCGCAUGGGACACGCCCUGGAGGAAAUCAAGAAGUUUCUCAUCCCCGACUAUAAUGAUGAAAUCAGGCAAGCACAGCUCCAGGAGUUAACGUAUCUGAAUGGUGGUUCGGAAAAUGCAGAUGUGCCAGUUGUUCGAGGGAAACCUACCUUGCGUACGAGAGGUGUACCAACCCCAGCAAUAACCAGGGGAAGGGGAGGAGGCACAGCCCGGCCAGUGGGCGUCGGGGUACCACGAGGCACGGCCGCUUCCAGGGGUGUCCUUUCCACCCGAGGGCCAGUGAGUCGAGGAAGAGGACUUCUCACUCCCAGAGCAAGAGGCGUCCCCCCAACGGGGUACAGACCGCCCCCGCCGCCCCCGACACAGGAGACCUACGGAGAUUACGACUAUGAUGAUGGAUAUGGCACUGCUUAUGAUGAACAGAGUUAUGAUUCCUAUGAUAACAGCUAUAGCGCCCCAGCCCAAAGCGGGGCCGACUACUAUGACUACGGACACGGGCUGAGCGACGACACGUACGAUUCCUACGGACAAGAGGAGUGGACUAACUCCAGGCACAGCCCCUCGGCGAGGACAGCGAAGGGCGUCUACAGAGACCAGCCCUACGGCAGAUACUGAUUUGCACUGUCUGAUGUUGUCAUAGCCACUCUCCACCAGUCCUGUGUACUGUUCAAAGUAAUUUUUUUCUAUGAACAAUCCCUUUUUAAAUAAAUCAAAAUGCUUAAAAUCUGAAUGGAUGGAACUUAAAACUACUUUGUUGAAACAUCAACUGGGCAGAAAAAAAAGACAUGUAAAAUUUUGUUAUUUCUAGUCUGUAUAUGAAAAAAUAGGUCAUCAAAAGGAAAAAAUAACUUUGAUUAACUAGUGUUAAACAAAAAAAAUUAGGUUUACUAAAUAUGUUAAUCCAUCCUUUUAACAUAAGCCUCACCUUUCAUUUUAAAGGUUUCCAUAGAAAUUUAGUUAUUUUAUCUUUCAGCCGUAUGCUAGUUUUUUUUUUUUUUCUCUUGCCAACAUGCGUAAAAAGGGAAGCCAAUUUCAAGUGCAAAUAAUGUGGUAUUCUUUUGUAACUCAAGUCUUGAAAUGUUCUGUAGUGUUAAGCAAAGUCUCCUCUUGCUUGAUACUAAAUAAACUUUUGAAAGAAA